ACGAACGCAAAAUUAGAAAAUUACGUGAACGCGAUAUCGGACGACAUCGCCGAAUACGCGUCAUAUCAUCCGAUUCUUCCAAUAGUGAAGGUAAGCAUAUAAACUUUUUUAUUAUUACGAUUCAUCAUGAGUAGAGAUUACGUAACUUUUAGGUUUCGUUAACACGUGUUGUUUUUUACACGCUACCAGCUUUCAUCAGAACAGGCCGUGAGCCUCGUUUGUUGAAAAAAUAACCUUCAUCAGGACAGGCCGUGAGCCUCGUUUGUUGAAAAAAUAACCUUCAUCAGGACAGGCCGUGAGCCUCGUUCGUUGAAACAAAAUGCUUCACCAGGGCAGGCCGUGAGCCUCGUUUGUUGAAGUAAUUCACUUUUCUAACCCUAAAAAUAUUCGUUUUAGGUGUUGAAGAUGCCAAUCAACCUGAGUUAAGCCUUAAAAAUAAUGCGAAGGAUCUCGGGAACUCUUCAGGACAGUGUCCCACACCAUCCAUCAGAGAGCCUGAGCCCAUGCCGGAGCCCGAGCUUACGCCAGAACCUGAGCUCGCAGUGGAGCCAGUGUCUAGACCAGAGACCAGGACAGAGAAACCAUUAGAGCCACUGGCUUUGGAGGCAACCUCGUUGGAACAAAACCCGAACGAUGAAUCAGCCGAACCAGAAUUGGACCCUGAACUUUUAGAAUCCCUCGGUGAAUCCACCAGCGAUACCCCAGAGUUUGGAGAAAGAAUUCACGAGAGUUUAGCCAAAUUGUGGCUUCCUCUACUCGUCAAAGGCUUGCCAAAAGAUAAAAAAGAAAAAAAUUUGAAGGAGUACUUAAUCCCGGACAACUGUAGGUUGCUGCAAGCGCCUAAAUUAAACGCAGAGAUAUCAGCAGCAGUUAUAGACUCUGUAAGAAACAGGGAUAAGAUCCUGGUAGUUCACCAACAACAACUAGGGUCGGGGAUAACAGCCAUUAACAGAGCGCUAAAUACUCUCUUAAGUGGGGAUGACAAGAAGAAUGCUAUCCAACAUCUUAGCAAUGCCUGCCGUAUACUAUCGGAUUUGCAUACGGUAAAUACGAAUAGCCGCAUAAAGCUCAUUACACCAAACCUGGAUAAGAACUUCCUCCACAUAGUUCAAGAUGCCGUAAGAGACGAAACUUUGUUCGGUAACAAACUUGCAGAAAAGAUCAAGGCAGCCAGAGCAAUUGAACGACAGGGUCUGCAAAUAAAAAAGACUAAUCCGAAACCUUCCAGCUCUCAAUCCAAUAGCCACCGCUCUUCUAAUUCGGGAAACUGGUCCGGCCCACCCCGGUACUCAUCGAACCGAGGCAACCGAGGUGGGAAGAAAACGACGACGCAGAGCCGCCGUCCAUACCUGAGCUCGACGCAACAGCAGCCAGCAUCGAAGCCUGCAGCAGCGAACAAGCCUCGUGCCCUGGCGCCCCAGUAACUCAGGGAACACCAUCCUUUACACGCGAGCCUUACCUUGGGUGUCGCGAGGCUCUCCAGCAAGCUUUCUCCCGAAGAUGCCCACCAGAGGCCCUCAACCUCAUGCUAGCAUCACUCUCCGAUAAAAGUAAAAGAACAGAAAACAGAGGUAAACUGUUCCUCACUCACAAGCCACCACACAGACCAGCCACGACACAAUCAAUCAGUCGAUGGAUUAAACAAGUGCUAUCGGAGAGUGGAGUGGAUGUAUCAAAGUUUGGCGCACACAGCACUCGCCACGCCUCUACCUCAGCUGCGGGCCGUGCGGGUCUCAGCGUUGAUGCCAUCCGUAAAGCUGCCGGAUGGACUCCUACAUCAAAUACUUUUGCGCGAUUCUACAAUAGAACCCUUGUCGAUGAGGGGAAAUUUGCAAGAUCUGUUUGCUUUACGUCGAAUCUUUAGGUUAAGACUGUAUCGGCACUCAUAAAUACAAAAACUAAUUGUUCCAAUUAUCGUGAUUAUAUAACGUUUCAUGUACGAUUAAUAACUAAUAAAUAUAUUCU